AUGGCAGGAGGAGUUGGAUCGGGCAUAUACUGUACAGACCCUGAAAUGAGGGUAUCGUAUAAGCUACCAAGCCAAUGCAGCAUAUUCCAGGCGGAAGUAUUCGCCAUAGGGAAAGCAGCAGAGCUUGCGCUGAGCAUUGACCGCCCACAUGAAGCGGUCAACUUAUUCGUAGACAGUCAAGCGGCGAUAAGAUCCAUGCCAUCGUCAACGGUCAGUUCCAAAAGUGUACUGGCAAGCAGGCAGGCACUAGAUAUCCUUAGCACGACCACGUCAGUGAGGAUCUACUGGGUUCCCAGCCACCAGGACAUCGAUGGUAACGAGACGGCAGACGAACUUGCAAAGGAAGGCGUUGGACUGGCGAAUGAAAGAUCAGAAAACGUUCCCGUCUCCCUUAGAACGCUCCAAAGCGAACUGGAAAGACGGCCGACGCACGAGCCAAAAGCAGAUGGAAAAGAACUUCCACCCCCUGCAAAAAUCAUGUGCAAAGAGCGCAACGUAAAACUCAUUCACUACGUGCUGCAUCUUCCAAGGAAAGACUGCAGAAUGUUAGUGGGAAUUCUUACAGGGCACUGCCUAGCUGCGGCACACGCAGUCAAACUGGGCAUUACCUACAACGCCAGAUGCCGGAAAUGUGACGAAUUCGAGGCAAUUUGCAAGUGUCCGACCCUAUCAAAGGCAAGAAUAAACUACCUAGGCGCUCCGGUUCUGGCAUCGGUAGAAGAUGCCUCCAAGAAGAAGCCAGGCGAACUACUUCUCUUCGCGAAAACCACCUCGAUCCUAAAGGAUUUCGAAAUCCGCGAAAACAUUCUCUAG